UUCGAAGUGUUUAUGAGGAUGACGGACUCAUUUCACGGCGAUCUAAGCUGAGCAGGGAGAGCAGGUCGUGAGCAACCAUUAAAGACAGGAGCAGCUCAGUGAGUGCGCAGGUGAACGCAGAUGAGAUUUGUCCUGGAAUGUCGCUGAAAAGGAGAGCUGAGGCCUCACCUGUUGGGGGUGUACAAAAAACAGGGAGGCACAGUGAAAGGAGAGUGGGCGGAGUCAGAUCCAUUUUUUCUGUCGGUCCCGAAAAGUUUCCACCAAAUAACUGCAGGCUUCAGGCUUACCUGGUGCGCGGCGGUGCACCUGUCCGAAAGCAGAAGAGAGUAACUCACCUGCUGCUUCACCUCGGAUUUACCUGUUGAUCAAAAUGCGUCAAUAAUCCUGCCUGAACCAGAUCGGUCGUAUCUAGACAUUCACUAAUCAUUAAUCAUGAAGAGGGGAACGUUGAAUUUUUUGGGUCGGAAGAACCAGUCUCUUUUCGGCUCCAAUAUCGAAAUCAAGGACAUGGACAAUGUGGACCUGGUGCUGGGGUCAUCAGCGAUCCCCGAGUCAGGAACUGCCAGUGUGCGGGCCAGACCCACCGUCAACCAUCACACUGUGAGUUUCUCUUCCUCAUCUGACAGUUUUCAAGGGUUUGCCGUCCCAACGCCCAAAGUCCCCCUCCUCCCCCCUGUCAGUGUUCCAAAGAUCAACGGUUCAGUCGAUGGAGAUCGUUUGUCCAAUGGAUCUGUGAUAUCUGUGCCUGACCUCGAGAAUGGAGAAAUAUUUGUUCCUCCUCCUCCCUCUAUGGCACCUCCACCCCCUCCUUUUAUCCCUCCUCCACCAGACUUCAUGGGUGACCUAAACAGUCUAGACCAGGCAACCUGUCAGCCUCCUUCCAUGCCCGCUCCUUCACUGACACCCUCCAUGGAGGAGGAAAACUUAACCUUCUUAAAACCGCCACCAAUGGCUCCACCAAAGCCUCCAUCUACUUGCUCUAGUGGCUCUGCAUCAUCCGUACCCAUUUCUAGUCCACCACCUGCCAAAGUUCCUGAUCGUCCAACAUUUGCCCCACCACAGCCCCCUGCUAAUAGGCAACACAAUACUUAUAAGACACCACCUCCAAAGCCCAUUAGACUGUCCUCUAUCUACACCCUCGACUCCCCACCACAGACUCCUGCCCCACCUCCCCCCAUUCAGACACCCACACUGUCCACCUUCAAUCCCCAAAACACAGCAAAGCUUUACAAUGUUCCUAAGACCUCCAUUCUCUGCGGGUAUGAGGAUCGUGACCCAAGACCCAAGCAGAUGUUACUCCUGGAAGAUUCUGGGUCUGUCAAAUCUGCCCCAGUGCUUGUCCAGGUGGAUGAGAAAGCCCCUAAAGUGGCUACACCAUCUAAACCGGUUUCCAAAGAUGUACUGGAGCUGAAGGAGAACUUACAAAUUACCCAGCCCUCUCAAUCACCCCUGCCUGAGCCAAACAAGGAGGCUAAAACAGGGACAGUUUCAGCACCACCAGAAAUAGACAAACCUCUCCAGAUUUCACAUCGGACGUCGCCACAGCUUCAGAAAGUGAACAGUACUUGGGUGGAUUCAGAGCCCAGCAAGGACAAAUUUAAAGGAUCUCCAAGUCAAAGUCACAAGUUCAGUCCAUUAUUAAAUCGUAAACUACGCAACCUGAAGAGUAAUGAAACCAACGGGGCACGAGAGGGACCUACAGCUUCCCCGCUGGCUCUUUUAAUGGCGGCUAAAGAAAGAGAGAAACAGAGAUCGACUCACUCUCUGUCACGGGAAAACAGUGCCAAGAAGAACGAGCAGCCUAGUGCAAGCAUUCACCCAAGUGACUCGAGUCCCAAUUCCUUUACUGUCACCCCAAAGUCCAGCUCGUCCUCUUCUCUAACAUCUGAAGAAAGAAUACAGGAGAGUCCACAGUUUGUCAGUCUUGUGGAACAUACGCAAACAAUUCAGACUCCAGAAAAAUCCAGCAGUCCUGCACUGGUCAAGGAUCAGAUGCCAUCUAACAGUCCAGCUCUCAGUAAGGUGGCUGCAUCCCCAAGUGCAACCAACCUGGUUGAGCAGAAACGAGAUGCAGAGCAAAGCCCCUCAAAGUCUCAAUCCGCACAGCAUGAGGGUAAUAAAGAGGAGUUAAGUAUGCCAUUACUCCCCCCACCGCCAGAGUUUGACGAUUUAGAUGAGUUUAUGGGGCCCCCUCCUUCCAUCCCUCCACCUGACCCUCCCAUGAAAAAGGCACCAACACCAACUGUGAGCUUUCUCCCUCCAGCUCAAGUUCCACCUCCUCCUCCAAAACCUAAACCUCCAGCACCUCCAAAACUCCCACCUCCUGACAUUGAUGUCAAACCAAAGCUGCAAGUCGAGACAAAACCCAAGGUGGCACCUUCUCAGCUACCAUCCACUCUUUCAUCUAGUCAGGCCACACUUCAGAGCAUCUUACAAAAGAAGAUGUUGGAAAUGGACCACAAAAUGGCCCCAGUGAAGGAGGCAGAAUCCAGUUCUGAUGAUUGGGGCACCCCCUUGUCUGAUGAGGACAAUAAGGUCCCUGCUGUCCCCAGAGCCACACCACAGACCAAGAAGUACCCUGUGAUCAACAACAAAGCAGCAACCCUGAACAUGCAAGAGCUGGAGAGUAAGCUUUUUAGAAAAUAUCAGGAGACCUCCUCAGUCAAAGUUCCCAAUAGCAACGGACUGCAGUCAAAACAUCAGUAUGGUAUGACCUUUACAGUUCGGCCUGGAACCAAACAGCCCAUUACUCUUGUUAGUAAAGGGGAAUCUUAAUACAUUGUGUAAAUGAGAUAGGUGUUCUUCUGUUUAGCACACAUUGCAUGUGAUUGGAUAAUGUGGUUUGGUUUGUACAAUGGGAGGAAAAAAGCACUUUGAACAAAUGAGUUACACAAAUGUGGUUGGCAAAUAUGUUACGAAUGUCUCAUAACAAUGUUCUGCUCAGUUCUGAAUGUAGUCUGAAUGCAUUGUUCCAUCUCUGGAGAACACACUAUCACUGUCAAAUAAUGUUUUCUGUUUUUAUAUUUUAUUUUUGAAGUGUCACAGUCAGGUGGACAAAGUUUUUUUUUUUAGCUGACUGUUUAUUCAUUGUAGAAGUAUAUGUUGCCUUUUUAACCAAAGUGUUUAAUCAAUCUCAGUGCCACAUGGGUAAUAUUCAUAGUAUACGCAAAAUUCUAUUCAUCUUAAAUUAUUCAUAGCUGUAAAAUGUAAGCUGAAUGAAAAUUAAUCUACAUUAUUCAGUAAUCUGCCAAUGUGGUGAUCUCUCAGUAGGAUUGUUUCUCAUAUUUAUUGAUCUAGGAAAUGUUUUGCCAUCUGUAUAAUAGUUAUUCUACUGCAGUAAAAUGUGUGUCAAUGUAGCUACGCUCAUGUUUUAUGCUGUACAUAUCAGUUUGUAUAAGAUUAAAAUAGAACUUAGAUAUUGUAAGAUGUAGUUUUAUAUACAUGUUAAGGUUGUAUAAUCAAAGUAUUUAAAAUAUUGGUUAUAGUUUUUAACAACUUCCUGUUUAUCUACACCAAAUGUUGUCCAAAAACUCCCUAACUGGAAAAUAAAUCCAAGCAGUGAU